AAUGAAUAUGAAUACUAUAUUGGAAGUACCCGAAAUUCAAGUUGAGGAAGAAGAGUAUGAUUCCAUCGGAAGAUUAGACUCUGUAGAUCUUACAAGAAGGAGUUCCAUGCAGUUAUCAACAACGUCUAAAGGUUCUAGUAAUAGUCUAUGGCAUGGAAGACGUAGAAGUCGUUCUGCUAGAUUAGCUAGAGUAGGAGUAGAAGAAUUUAAAGAUCAUAUGUUAUCUUUAAAACAAGUACCAGGAGAUGCCGAUGAAAUAGAAAAUGAAGAUUUACUCUUUAAUCCUAGUCAUUUUAAAGCAAAACGUCUACAAAAAAUAUCUCAAGAAGCCAAAAGAAUAUUACAGAUGCAUAUGAAUGAUAGAACUGAAAAAGAAAUUCAAUUUCUACAAAUUGCUUUAAGGAGGAUAAAAGCUUUUGCAGCCUAUCCGCAGAGAAUGCAACAAUUAUUAUGCAAAGCAGCUUGGUACGAAUGUUAUGAUACUAAGAGGGCCAUUGUUCGACAAGGACAUCCUCCUCUUGCCUUUUAUUUCAUUCUAUCUGGAUCUGUAGCUGUUACAGUUAUGGAAACAACACAAGCUGUAACAAGAACGCUUUGCUUUCUUUAUAGAGGAAUGCAAUUUGGAGAACUUGCUCUUUUAACUCAUUCAAAGAGGCAAACUACUGUGAUCAGUAAGACUACAGUUGAACUGUUAUGCAUUUCGAAAUUUGAUUUUGAAGAAAUCUUCAUGUCUGGAGGAUUAAAGAGCGUCUUAGACCCGGAUCAUAAUAAAUUUAUUAAAAACAUUUCAUUCCUAAAGGGCUGGCCUAUUAGGAGAUUAUCCGAAGAUCCUAAGGCUUGUAUGUUCCAUUAUUUUGCACCUGGAUACAUUCUUGUCAAGGAUAGCAACCUUUCAGAUUGGAUAUUCGUUGUUAAAUCCGGUAGCGUCUCUGUUCUCAAGAAAUUACAAAGAGUUGAUGUUACUUUUAAAAAAAAAGAAAGGAGAAAUCCGAAAGAUACGAAAGUAGACGACUUAGAUGUUUAUAAACUAGACCAAACUUCAAUGUCCAUUUGUGCUGCUGAUUAUUUAAAAAUGUCUUCUCAAAAAUUACCUCAAAUUACACGUCAAAAUAGUACAGUAUUGCUGAGGAAGCCCGCUGAUAAACCAUUGAGGGAUAAUGUGGAUUUAGAGAUAUUUUUGGACAGAACUCUUCCUGGAAUGCAUUCGCAUGAUGAUCGAUUAGGAAUUGUUAAUUACGAUGAGAUAAUCGACAAACAUAAAAGAAGAGUUCAAAAAUCGGAAACAAUUAUCGAAAAUGAUGGAAAUGAUAAUAAUGGCCUACUUUCUCCACAAUCUUCUUGCAUUUCCCUACCUCCUGUAAAAACUGCAAAGGGAGCAUAUUUUGCGCCUACAAAGAAAAAGUCAAUAAUUAAGAAAGCGCUUGUAAAUGUGCAAGCAUGGCAACCCGAUAGCGAAACUGCAGCGUUACUUGGCAAACAAACUUUAACGGAACAUUUACAAACAUCAACCAUAAGCGAUAAGGAAUUAACACCUGCAGAUUUAGAUCCAACAUUUAUAGUAAUACAAGUAUUAGAAAGAUCUCAAUUUUUCGGCGUUGCUCAGGCACUAUUUACCGAACCACAGCCUAGCCUAAGUUUAGUUAGUAAUGGAGCCGAGUGUAUAAUGAUUAAGAAAUCACUCUAUUUGAAAUAUUGUAGCGAAGAGAAGAGAAGAAGUCUAAGAGAAUCGGAAGUUCGUUUGCCUAGUGACGAAGAAUUACAAGAGCAGUUAAAGCAAACUAUACAAUGGGAAUAUCAUAGAGCUAAAACCUAUAAGAAAUGCGUUGAAAAGCAAAAGAAGAGAACGAAGUUAAAGAAACAAUUUGCUAAAAGCCAUGCAGGUGAAUAUAACUUUAGAAUUGGACCUGUUUAA